AAAUCCAAACGGUUUUCCUUGCAACUGGAACGUUGACGAGUUAAAGACGUCUUUGGAUGAUAAACUAGAGUGUGACGCAUCCUAUCAACAACCAGACGGUGCUCUCACGUCUGUCCCCACCAGUCUCAUUGAGGUUGCACUGUAUAACUCUCCUUUGCAAAUCCAGACUAGUCCUCACAAUUUCAAGAUUUUAGAAAUUGCAGUCGGGUAUGCUGAGGGCAUUGUAUUCUAUAAUAAAAAAGGCCCUGAAACCUACACCAUUGACGAGAAGGGAAACAUAUAUAGAAUGGAACAUUGUGAAUGGUUGGAGAGAAUACAGUCGUUCAGUAUAGUUGAUAACAAGCACUAACAUUUUGAACACCAUGUCUGUCUACGACAGUGAUGAAUCUUCAUUUUCGCAUCCUUCAUCUUUCUCUGACCAAAGGUUUAAGGUCAUAGAGGGCACUGCAUUGCAUUCUUCUCGUGUUUCAGGGGGUUCUGAAAACAAUGGCAAAGCAUGUAAGACAAUCGCACGUCAGUCCCUUGGAGAUACUGGAAAGCCAAUGGAGGGGUAUCUAUCUACAGUAUUCAGUUGCAGCUUGUUUCAGAAGGACAUUUAUGCCGGUAAAGUCGUCAUCUUCCCUAAAUGUAUGCACAGGAUGUUGGCAAGUGAGUACCCAGAGAUUCUGUCGGUACUUGAAGAAACAUACGGACGGGGAGCAGUUAUCUACGUUGGAGGUUGUGACCCCUGA